UUGAAGGGCGACCGUCCGGAUGGGUACGGCUCGUGCAUUGCAUCCAUGGUUCUCUUGCACUCCUAUCAAAAAGGGAAACAAACAUAUCCAUGCAUGGACCCUGGGUCAAAUGAAGCCAGACUCCCAUGUCCGCCGGCCCGCGUCAGAGCAAGUUAUUCGGGGCAUCUACUCCGGACCACUGCCGGCUAAUGUUCCUGAACAUUGCCUGUCAGGUUAACACCCAUGCUCUCGCCCUGAACAACAUCCUGAACACCGUCCUGCAUAUCGCCGAGUUCGAAUCAACCGUUGACGAAUGUCAACAGAAGUUGCCCGCCCACGCUCGCUGGCUUCGUAUGGCAAUGACCCGAGAAUGA